GAACAGUUUGACAGUCAGUAAUGCUUGUCAACCAUUUACAAGGCUUGGAACAUUUGCGGUUGCCCUUGCUGGUAUUUUGUGAAGAUGCUUUGGUUAUUAAAUGACUAAUGGGGUGCAAAUAUCUUAUUAAAACUCAGUGCUAGGCAGUGUCUCCUUAAUCUUGGUGACUGUUUUCGUUUCCGAGAUACACUUCUACAAACACCAGGCAAGAAGUCGUCCUGACAGGACCACGUGUAGGUUGCCUGACCAACAGUACGUCCAUCGGAGACAUUGUCUAAGGCAUCGUGUCUUCAAUAGUGCAGAACCAUGAUGUGUUCUAGGCAAUAUAGUGUUUAAUCGUGUCCACUCAUGUGAAGCUUUAGCUGUAGGUGACCCGUGAAAACGAAACAGAAGAGAUGUUGAUCCCCGAGAACUCUUCCUUUUUAUAAUAUUUAAAUAUAAAUUAGUGUAUUUAUUAAUCUGCCAAAACAAAGCUGUUCUUUUUUUGACUUUAUAAAUCAUGAGAAGAAACAACAGUUUAACGCUUGUGCUCCUGUUCAUGGCAAUGGCAAAGACUGAGUCUACGGAUGAUGUGGACAACACCACUCAGCAGGUCUUUCCUACAGACGAGACGAAGGCAUCAAGUAUGUUGCAGGACUGCACACAGUAUGUCACUGAACAUGUAGUUUACACAGAUACUUCGGACGUUUCUUAUUUGUGGUCUGGAGAUAGUCACCACUACAGGGAUUCUGUUAUCAAAAAUAUUACCUCGCCUUCAUAUUUCAGCGAUCUUACUGAGAUACCUGCAGCACUGUACUUUCACAACAAAACAUUCAGACGACUUGAAACAGUUGAUGUUGACCUCCUGACCUGCGUCAUCCGAUCUCAGACUCAUCAGGUCGAAGGGCUCGAGGGCAGCAUCUCCAUGUCACUCAGACCGACCUCCGAGGCAGGACAAGACCACAAUUUUGUUAACUUCUGCAAUGUGGAGCUAACGGUUCCACCAGGCAUGGUGGCCUAUGUGAAAGUGUUAGAGACUCAUAUAGAGUGUAGCGAGUGUAUACGAAUAAUACUACGCGAUCACGUGGACGAUCUUCUCUUUGACGAGUUUGCACAAAACCUCCCGGCCAACUUUUACACAUACUCCAGCAGCCUGAAGCUUCUGGUCAAGAUGAUGAGUCUCAGAUCGAACUUCUAUCUUUUAAUGAAUUUUUCUGCUCUUCCAGAAACUAGUAGGCCGCAGUUGCUGAUGAUGCUGACUUCGUCAACCACGGGUUAUCUCGAAACGCCAUUUAGAGCAAAUCGUGAAGAGUUUUCCCCUUUUAUCAAAUCCUCGGUACACCUGGUGGCUCCAGUCGACCACGUCGUCGUGAUUAGUUUUCAUGAUAUCCAGGACUGGCUAGGCUGUGUUUCACGGUUGUCUGACCAUCUCAUUUUCCACACAAACAGCAGUUUCAGACAGUACUUGAUAUGUUCCGUAGAACAGAAUGGUGACCUGGAUUUUUAUCCUGGUGAGGUGUACAUUGAAUACAGAGUUUACUCAAUGUCUAGUAAAAGACAAUUUCGAAUAAUGUUUUCCUUCCACCAUCUGUCUGCGCUGCCUGUGAAGUUGUCUGAAGGCAGGUGGAACUGCUCGGCUGUGCGAUGGGAGGACAUGCAGCACCACUUCCCGUGUAACUUUGUGUCUGACUGUGUGGGCGGCGAAGAUGAAGCUGGAUGCUGGUCAGGUGACGGCACGUGCAGCGCUGGACAAGUCGAGGUGGACGGUCGCUGCUUUUCGAUCACGCACGUGGUGGAGGAAGACCUUUCAUGGAAUGAUGCGAACCGUUGGUGUCAGGAGCGUAAACAACAGCUCGCCAGUUUGACCACAAGAACAGUGUGGGACUUCUUUAUAAAGUUUCUCAAACAUUCAACAAACUCAGGGACGGUUUUCAUCGGUGCUAGGUUACCACCCAUUUCCAAGCUUCCAAUAUACCGAAUGAGUUGGCUGUGGUGUGAUGGGACUGUCGCUCACUUCAUUCAAAUUAAGGCAUUAAAUCUCAAACUACUUAGCGAAGCUUGCGCGCGGACUCCGGAUUCCUUCAUGAAGAUUCUCUUAGGCGAAGAAAAUCUGAUGGUCACAACGUGUGAAGACAAAUAUCUUAUAUCUUUACACUUGUGUGAGAUCCCGGAAACCUCUAGUAAGUAUCCUGAUGUCAGGGCACCAGACUCUGUACAACCCAGGUCCAGAGACUUCAAGCCAGGGUACAUCCUGUGCCCCGCUAACCACUUCACGCACGUUUUUCUCGCCUGUGACGUCACCUCUAACUGCUGGAGCAAGACAGAUGGCGCCACGUACUCCUGCUCGCCACCACUGACGUCACUUCCGCCGCUUUUUGAGUGUGCUGAUGUACAGCAAAGUGUACCAUACACCCUAGUAUGCGAUCAUCGAGCUGACUGCCUUGAUGGCAGCGAUGAAAACUUUUGCGUCUUUCCACCCUGCGACCUGGACUCACCGUUUCAAUGCAGUGGCAGAAGGUGUGUACAGGUGGAUGAGCGUUGUAAUGGACAAGUAGACUGCGAUGACCAAGCGGAUGAAACAAAUUGCGAAAAGACUUCUAAAGGCAAUACAAACUUUAAAUACCCUCUAAGAAUUGAUAUUAAUUCAAAAGGACAGAUCGUGUACAACCCGUUGCCAGUAUUUUCUUGUUCCGACUCGGACUUCGUGUGUCCAAGCCUUCAUGAUGUGUGUCUGCCUGUCUACUUCCGGUGUAACGGAGUCAACGACUGUCCUGGUCACGAGGACGAGGCGGCAUGUGACAGGUACACGUGUCCCGGCUUCUACCGCUGCCGCAAAUCUCAGGUGUGUGUUCACGAGAGUCACGUGUGUGACGGGAUCUACCAUUGUCCUCAACAUGAUGAUGAAAUAUUGUGCAAUGAAACAUGUCCAGACAACUGUGUCUGUCACGGAUGGUCUUUCAUCUGUUUUAACGUUUUUGAUGCAGCCGCCUACUCCAGUCUCCGAUACCUUGACGCCAGUGGGACCUCGAUGACCCUUGGUGACCUCGAGAACAACACAUUUCUUGUUUACCUCAGCCUAGCCAGGUGUAAUCUGACCGAAGUACACGAAGUGACACUGCUUAACCUUCGGACUCUCGACCUUAGCAAUAAUGAGUUAACCGAGCUUAGCAGCAGCCAUUUUGCUGGCCUGAAAAAUUUAGAGUUUUUAAAGAUAAGCCAUAACCCAUUGACCAAUCUCCUCUUUCACAACUUCAAUUAUACAUCAGCUCUAAACUUUCUAGACAUGUCUGACAUACACAUUUCAAAAAUGGACUUCAGUAUAUUUGCUUUUUUCUCAAAAUUGUCCAGUUUAAAUCUGUCAGGAAGCCACAUUAAUCACGUGACAGGACGAGGUUUUGCUAACAUGUCAUAUCUUCGCGUGCUCAAUCUACAGAAAUGUCCGCUGACAGUAUUCCCUCAAGAAAUAUUUGAAGGUUUGGACAGUCUGGAGACAGUUUUUGCUGACAACUACAAGCUGUGUUGUCCGGCGACCUUACCCCGAGGGUUCAACGUGCUCAACUGUCACGCUCCUUCCGACGAAGUGUCGUCUUGUGAUGACUUGCUGCGCUCCAACCUGUACCGCGUGGCACUCGCCAUCUUUGCCUCUCUCUCGUUAGUGGGAAACCUCAGCACUUUGGUUUACCGCUUGAUUCUCCACAAAACCACCAGCAACGUGGGGUACGAUGUUUUCGUCACUAACUUGUGUGUGGCCGACUUUCUGAUGGGUGUGUAUCUCUUGAUCAUCGGUAUAGCAGACCACAGGUAUAAAGGUGUUUACCUGUGGGAGGAUACAGGGUGGAGAAACAGCGGGUUGUGUAAUGUGGCGGGUGUUUUUGUGUUUCUUGUCAUCUGAAGUAUCGGUUUUUAUUAUAUUUUUUAUUACGCUCGAUCGCUUUCUAGUUUUCCGUUUUCCAUUUAGCCAGGUGCACUUUCGAAAGCAAUCAGCUGUGUUUGUUUGUAUUGUUACCUGGCUGGCAGGUAUGACCUUAGCCGCGAUUCCCCUUCUGCCGAUGACGUCACAUUGGAGCUUUUACAGCCAGACUAGCAUUUGCUUUCCCCUGCCGACAUCCCGGGUGGAUUUCCCGGGUCGUGCUUAUUCUUUUAGUGUUGUUAUUGCAUUGAAUUUUAUUUUGUUUACGUUUAUUAUGAUUGGUCAAAUGUUUGUUUACCAGUCUGUUCGUUCUAAUUCUAUUUCUUCUUCAUGUACGUCUAAAACUAUCAAAGACUUUAAUAUUGCUCUUCGCUUAAUGACAGUAGUUAUGUCAGACUUUCUGUGCUGGUUCCCUGUUGGUUUGACAGGAAUCCUCGCUGCAAAUGAGUUUCCUAUUUCCGGAGAGGUUAAUGUAGGGUUAGCUAUUUUUGUUCUGCCCUUCAAUUCCGCACUUAACCCGUUCCUGUACACCAUCAACAUCUACUUAGAGCGCCGACGAUGUAGAAGAGAGGAAGAAAGACGAAAGCGGAUCAUAGCUCAACUUAAAUUAAUUAAUGGUUUCACAGGAUUGGGUAAUUGCAAAGUAAAACUCACUCACAACGAGGCCUUUGACCUCAUUAAGACGAUGCUUUCAGCCAAAGUUUUUUCUCGUGAGGAGCUGACAAAUGCCAUUGAAGCAAACAGAGGGGAAUAUUGAAACGAUUUAAAAAUUAAGUUAUUGUAGUUCUAGACAAAAUAAUCCUUCAUGCAGAAGAUAAUACUAUAAUAAUACAAACAUGGUAGUUAUAUGUGAAGUACACGGUAACUUUUAAUUUCAAGGAAUUACUGUAGUGGACAAAUAACAUCCGUAGAUAGAACUGAGUGAAUUCUGUUCAGUGAACAAGUCUUGAUGGAGUAGAUUUCUAAGACCUAUGCUAUAGUAUAUUACGACGAACUUCAAUUUUUAAAAAUAAAUUACAAAAUUUAUUCCUAUUUUUGUUUAUAUUGACAUAAUAUUGUUAAGAUUGAUAUUGUUCUUGUUACACUAAAUCUUUACAAUAAGCAUAAUAAAUUUAUACCAUCUUCACAUUUCUCGAAUUGAAAAGUUUGUACGUUUAGUUACUUUAUCAGUGUGAAUUAUAUAACAGAUAUUGAAAAAUAAGAAAUAAGCAAAGGUUAAAAUAAAGGAAAACUUAACUCUCAAACAUAACACGAAGUAUUACUCGUCAAUCUGUAUUUCUCACUGAAAACAUAUGUUUAAAAAUAUUAUGAUUAAAUACUAUGCUUAAUUUAUUGCACUCAUUUUUAUUGUUUUAUUUACUGUUUAUUUAUAAUUUAGUUUUUCACAGUAUCUUAAUUAUAUGGUCAUUUUAUUUGUUAGAUUCAUUAUUUUAGGCUUGAUGUCUUACCUUAAGUGGGUGUGGCUCAGUGGCUCAAAGUGGUUUGUAUCAUGACAUGUUAUUGUUAGUUAUUGGUGAAAAAGCGCUAUAAUAAUAAUAAUAUAAAAAAUAAAAACAUGAGACAUUUAGUCUUCCGUCGGUCAGUCAGGUUUAUAGCUAUGUUUAUAAUUUUAUGUACAUGUUUAUAACACUGAGAGAUGGGUAGGGGGAGAUUUAGCACCAGAAAAUUCCUUUAAUUACAGUUUUCAAAAUGGAAAGAAAGUAUUGUCUUUGCUGAAAAGUAAUACCAGAAGUUUGCUGAAUAUUUAAGAUUGUUUGCAAAGAUAUCCUAGUGUGGGUAGAUUGAAUGCAAAAUAUUAUGGUUGCCAUUCCGUUGUUUUCCUUCAAAUUUAAGAUUUUCUUUUAUUUUAUUUCGUAAGACUGUAUUUAUUUUUGAGUUUCAAUUUUGUAUUUGGACAUCUAAAAGAUAUAUUUCAUUCUUUGAGCUUCUUAAUUGGUUCGCGUUUAUAAGCUCUGUUUACAAAAAAUCUAAUAAAUUAUGCAAAACAUAUUUUACUGCAGAUAUGCAGGCUUUUGUAAAUUUAACAUUGCGUAUAUGAAAAUAUUCGAUCGUAAUAAUUUUUUCGUUUUCUUGACAUACAAAAUACAGCAUUUCAUCCAUUGUCAAAACGAAAGUAUUGCUGAAUUUAAUGAAACCUCUAAUUGUUGACCUCACUGACAUGAGCAAGAAAACUAACCUCAGGGCAGAUGGAGGGUCUCUGCGUUUUAGGUCCAGCGAUUAAUAGAAUAUAAAUAUUUGUCCCAUACGACGAGUGCUUAGUGGCCAUCAGAAGAUGGUUAACAGUUGGGUGAAGAACGAGUCUUCUUCCGUCCAGAACUAACGGCAGAUGAAUGGUUGGGAAUCGCCAUUAUGGUACUCAAACCUUCAUUGUUUUACACAGACAGUCCCUGUGGUACAGAUUAACUUUACAACAAAGUAAUUAAUAAUAAUAAGAAAUGCAAAAUUUGUAAAGCGCAUACUCUCACUCCUAAAGAGUAUUUCUGAGCAUUAAUUAAUUAAUCUUAAUUGUGCCGGCAUAGCCCCGUGUUCACCCAUUCUACUCUUGAAAAUCUCAGCGGUGAACCUCGAUGACCUUUGGUCUAGUUUACAAGCACGCUGGGUCGUGAUUUUCUACCUCGAAAAUGUUCUGGCGAUUAAAGGCUGGUGGAUGUGAACAUAUGUUUAUUUUUAUGUGGACAAAGGUUUCUUCCAUGGUCCCUAGUCGUUUGUAAAAGCUUUAGGUCAUGACAGUUUGCUAUUGUGUCAGCAAGUCUGGUCAUCUUUUCGUUUCACUGUGUAGUUGCUACCAGCCUGCAGUCGGCAUCAUGGUCACUUUUAUUUAUCACUGUAUUGUCUUCUAAUUAUAUAUAUAAAUAAGCUUUGUAAUCUCGAGUUUUUUCCAUCGUAAAGCGAGAGGGGGUCUGCAAAUCAUCAUCAUCUGUGUAACCAGACAGUAGGUAAUUACGGUACCGACAUUUCAAUAUAGACUACACCACACCACUAGUCUGUUCCUCUUUCUGUCAAGGAAAACAAAUUCAUUCCACCAUAUCACACAACAAAAAGUGUAGAUUGAAUAAUGUUAAUACAAACUUUUUACUGAGCGCUUCACAACCAGACUGGAUAAACUCAGCGAACACGACUAAAGGU